AUGGAACUGGCCAAGCUUGCUUUCUUUGUAAUAUCCCUUUAUUCAGCUCACCUCACAGUAGCAGGUAAGCCUCAGAUUUCAGACGCAUUUCGAACUUUAUCCAUGCAUCUCCAGUGGUGUUUAGAACAAUCGUACUAAGCAAGAUACACUUUCUCUUUGUUCUUGGGAAAACCUUUUCACGCCCUGUCUCAGCUCCGUUACCUAUCUUUUGUUUUCCAGUAAAUGCAAUGACAAUUUACACUUGCACGGGACGGUUCGAUGAUGAAAAACUGUCAUAAUGGAGAUUUUUCGCAGUUUCAUCAAACUCGUAAAAAUGCGAUCGUUACGACGGAAUUACUGUAACAAUCGAUACCACAAUUGGACAUGCAUCGUUAAUUGACUCGAUUAUAACAAUGUUCCGAAAGGAAACGUGAUGGCACAAUUAAGGGAGGUCCCUCUUCCUCUGGAACUUCGAUAUUUCUUAGAAGUAGGCGGGUUGUUCGCCCCACUCGGAAAGAUUUUCCCAAUAUUUUCAACUUUGCGUCAAUGCAGUACAAAUAGCGCGCGUAGAAAUAUCCUCAAGCUUUUUAUUUCUUUUGUUUCACUGGAAUUUUUUGCAAGGUUGCCUCGAAACCGUAGCCUCGCGAUAAAAUCUGAAAAAUCAUUUUCCUUUUGUGCAUUUGACAUUUAUCCUUUUAAAUAGGUUCUAAAAUAGUGUUUUAUUAUUUCAGCACCACUAUGUCAAGAUAAACAUGACAAGUGCUCUGAUCAUGCAAGUUACUGCGGUAGUUACGACAACGUCAGGAAGCAGUGUCCACGGACCUGUAAUCAAUGCGGUAUGUUAUUUCUUUCACGCUCAGUUAUCAAGAUCAUGCAUGCAUGAUUUUAGUAAGGCUUUUAGGGUUUUGUUUCCAGUACACUCAUCAAGCUAAUCUAUUUUCAUUACAGCCUUAAUUUAUCCUUCGUUGUCCGUAACUCCAACGCAAAGCCUACCCACCGGAGCUACACCGCACACUUUCGCUACACUGCAAAGUUCGAUGGCUGCGCUUGGUAGCCUGGCUACUGAACAAAUCGCCACUUCGCUAUCACAAGUUCCAUCUCGAACGCAAACAUCGAAAGCAUUUUCAUGCAGCCUUACACAAACACGAGCUAGUCACCUUGUGUCACAGACACAAAAUUUAAAUGACUUCACCACGGCUCAAAGCCCGAGAGAAGUUUUACCAGGCUCCACCAGUCUUCCAACAGAAACCACUGAUUAUACGUCAGAGCCAAAUAUUUGUGAAGAAGACGGAGAUAAACAACAAAAUACUGCCAUCAGAACAGCUGGAUCAUCAGCAAACAUCUUGAUGAUUCUGACAGUCUCACGGAUGUAUGCAUUCUUGUGA